CUGUUUGUACAAAUAGAGGUGUUUCUCAAGCGAUGUAGCGAUCGUUGCGGUGCUCACUGUGAAUCUCUUAGAGUGAGUGAGUCACAGCUGUGAAAAAAGUCCGAUCUACAAGGUCAAGAGUUAAUAUUGCGCUUCUUUCUGGGAACCUUUACUUGUAGGUUUACAGGCAUGGAGGUUGUGGGCUCCUUGGCAGGCGCCUUGUGUGGCUUGGCUCUGGGCCCUGCUAAGAAGAUAUGGGACUGCAAUGCCAACAUUGACACGCUGGAGAACAAGGCGCACCACAUCCAGGCCAAGAUCAACGCUUUCAGCGAUCACAAGCAGCAGAAUUCUGGCUUCACGUUCUCUGAAGCGGCCGAGGAAUGCUUGGAGCGUGUCAGGGAAUGGAACACCAAGGCACAAGCACUCUUGGGAUCACGCGACAACAGGAUCUGGAGCCCCAUAAAGCGGUACAAGCGGAGUGACGAGAUCGCGAAGUCCUUAAGUGCCUAUGACGAUCUCCUGUCGCAGAUCCAAGGUCACGAGCAUGAGCUGAAUGUCCACGUUGAGGAGCUAAAGAAGAGGGCAUCCAGAAUCCAGGCCACGCUUGACAAGUUUAAUGCUCCCAAGCACAGGAAUCCAGACUUCCGCUACUCUGGUGAGGCUGAGGCGUGGCUGACUGAACUGACUGAAUGGACUAAGAAGGCGCAAGCGCUGCUUGGAUCACAGGAGAAGCGAUCUGGCGCGAUUUCGGAGCUGGUACGCACUUGCGAGGACGAUCUCCUCCCGCAGAUUGAAAGGUACGAGCGAGAAGAGUUGAGAGUGAUACAGCCGAGCACCAGCUUUUCCGUACGGAGUUGUCCACAAGACAGAGGUCUCGUAAACUAUGUACGGCGUGGUGGUCCCGAGCCCAGCGACAUGUUUGGCCGCCAUGGGGAGCAGCUGGAUGAGGUGGUGAAUGCCCUCCUGGAUCCACAAGCCCCGGGGAAAUGGUUUGGACUCCUGGGAAUGGGAGGGUGUGGCAAGACCACCCUUGCAAGCUUCGUGCACAAUGACGAGAGGGUCCGGCAGCAUUUCCAUGACAACAUUGUGUGGAUCACUGUCAAGAAAGAUGCAUCGGAGGACGAUCUCAGGGCCCAGCUCCUCAACACUCUUGAAUGGGGCGGCAUGAAAGAGAGGGCCCAAAAUGCAGGCACCCUUGAGCAUGUGCAGCACUUGGCACAAAAUGUUGCUCGUGGAAUUUGUGUCUUGCUGAUACUGGAUGAUGUGUGGGACAUGAGCUGGGCCAAGGGACUGGAUUUUAUAGCAGGGCCGUCCUCUUACAGCCGGGUGCUGGUAACAACCAGAAAGGAAGGCAUUUUGAGCAUGCUGGGUGCAAAGGCAUUUCCUGUGCAUGAGCUAUCAGAGGCCGAGAGCAAAAAGAUGUUUUGGAAGUUUGCCUUUUAUGAUUCACUACCUAGUGAUCCGGACAUUGUGAAAGUUGCCGAGAGAAUAGCUAGCAAAUGUGAGGGGCUCCCUUUAGCUCUUGAAGUGAUUGGCAGUGCCAUGGCUGUCUACAGGAAUGAGGGGCCACAGGUGUGGAAAGAACGCUAUCAGAAGAUGCAUUUGUUGAAUGACGGGGACAUUGAGAAGCGGAUGUUCCAGCGCUUGAAGUUUAGCUAUGACGAGCUGGGACGCUUUAAUAAGGAUGAAAAGCUGCAAGAGUGCUUUCUCUAUGUGGCUGCGUUUCCAGAAGAUCGGCGAAUCGAGUUUGAUGAUCUGAGAAAAUGUUGGAUAGCGGUUGGGUCAGAACUCUCGCCUCUGCAGAUUGUUAGUGAACUGGAACGAAGAUGCCUAGUGAAGACAACUAGUAUACUUCGGGAAAAGUAUGUAACUGUGCACGAUAUGGUACGCAAGCUGUGCAUAAGAAUCUUGAAAGGGAAGUACCCACCCCAGGAAGAGCACGAGAAGGGAUGUCUGUUUGGCUAUGAUUGUCCACCUGGGAUUUCUCCAACAUUUUCUAAAGUUUCAUUCAUUCAAAAGAAUGUUACAAGGAGCCUUUUGUCUGACAUUCAUGUGCGAGAUGUCUUGCUUCUCGAUGGAUGUCAUUCUAGAGUGGAUGUCAGUCUUAUUAUAGAUCACAUCCAAAAUGUCAAGGUAUUGAGCUUGUAUAGAAAUUGGGUCCGUUUUAUUCCAGAGAGCAUAUCCAAGCUGAGAAACCUUCAAGUGCUUGACCUUCGAGAUUCAGGUGUGCCUCAAUUGCCAGAUGGGCUCUUCAGCUUGACAUCACUGAAGGUUUUGAAAUACAAUGACAUCACAAAAUUCAACUUUGCAUUACUGCCCCAAUUAUUCAACUUGGAAGAGCUGGACCUUCAUUCCUAUAAGGAGUUAGCUGUGGAUUUGAGUGGCCUACACAAGCUAAGACAUUUAAAGGUAAACCUCCACAAUGCAACAAUAAAAAUACCUCAAAGCCUUGGUGCACUAGAGGACAUUGAGACACUGGAGUUGCGGGCAAAGAGCAUGGACUUUGCCGAUUUCACCGGCCUGUGGCAACUUGUCAAUCUAAGACGAUGUAACAUUACGGUGGAAUCGACUAUUAAACUUGACUGGAAGCGAAUGUUUAAGAAUUCGAAACAGCUUGAGGACUUUACCAUUGACAGGGUACAAGACGGUGAAAACAAUGCCGAUAGCCUCGAAUGGCCACAGCUACAAUUUUUAAGGAUCACAAACAAUGAGACAAUGAAAGACCUGUCUUGGCUAAAGGGCUUUCAACGGCUACGAGAACUUCACCUAGACUACAGUGGUAUCCAGUUCUUCAGUCUGGAUGGAUCGUUCCCAUGCCUUGAACGUGUGGAGCUUCUUUCCAAUGAGUUAGCUGUGGAUCUGAGUGGAAUUUCAAGCCUACACAAGCUAAGACAUUUAGACCUACACCUCCACGAUGCAACAAUAAAAAUACCGCACAGCCUUGGUGCACUAGAGGACAUUGAGACACUGGUGUUGUGUGCAAAGAGCAUGGACUUUGGUGAUUUCACCGGCCCGUGGCAACUUGUCAAUCUAAGACUAUGUGACAUUAGCGUGCAAUCGACUAUCAAACUUGACUUGAAGCGAAUGUUUAAGAAUUCCAAACAGCUUCAGCACUUUUCGAUUGACGGGGUACAAGACGGUGAAAACAAUGGGACAAUGAAAGACCUGUCUUGGCUAAAGGGCUUUCAACGGCUACAAGUACUUCACAUAGACUGCAGUGGCAUCCAGUUCUUCAGUCUGGAUGGAUUGUUCCCAUGCCUUGAAGUUCUGGGCCUUCAAAAUCUACACAUUGCACAGUCCGAGUUCAAGGACGAUUUGGCAGCAAGUCUUCCAAACCUGAAGAGGUUAAGAUUCUAUCUGGCUCCUGAUAAUACAUGGGAGCAUUUGCCUCUCUUUGUGACACAACUCCCCAAAGACCUUGAUGAACUGAGAGUAGAAGGUUACAUGAGGAGACUCUUGAUGCCAACCGAAAGAUCACAGCUGAAGGUGAAACAGGUCGAAUUAUUCGCGAGGGAGGCUAUUAUUAAGCAGCUCCCCCAAUGAUUUCUUUGAGCCAACAGACCAGAUGACUGCUCUAACAAAAGUAACCUUGGAUAGGAACGAAAAUAUUCCAUCAUCCAUUGCAUCCCUUCCAGGAUUGGAGGAACUUGUGCUCUUUGGUCAUGAUGAUGUAGUGUGGCCCCAAUUGAGUUCAGACAAUCACGGCCUUGGCUUAUUUCCAAGGCUCGAAUCCCUAUGGUGCCCAAAAGGUACGAAAGUUCCACCUUGGCUUGUGGAACGGCCGGAUCUCCACAUCGACACUUUCAAACCUUGCUCCUUCAGUGGACAUCGAUUGGGUUCUUGAAGAUCUGCGCAAAUGCUACACUAUUUUGCAUCACAAGCAGGACAUCAAAAAACGAAAACAGAGAUUUCACAGCGUCAGCAGCGUUUGGAGAAGAAACAGUUUCUUUUUUUCUUACAAAUCGUAUUCUCGGGAUAUUACUUUACUCUCGUGGUUUUGGUGUACAGAGUAAAUGGUAAAAUAUGGAAAACAUAGGAAUAUUAAGAAUAUGCACUUUUCGAGAUCAAUGUAGCGAUCUCUCUCGAUCCUGAUUGCUUUGGUUUGUGGAAGCCAUCCACAUCGCCACAUUCCCCAUACUUUUGGAUAAUGAAAUUGGCGGCUGAAUAAGACAAUGAAAGGGUUGCACAGCUUCGAAGUUGCAUCGCUGCCAAGGAUUGGAAACUCUUGUGAUGCAGUGUCAAUCACAGCCUUUGCUUAUUUGCAACCCAGACUUGUGGAAUCGAGAAAAACUAGGCAUGUUGUGACACAUUCUCGUCAACUAGCAAUCCAUUAGAAACGAAGAAAAUUUAAUAAUACACAAACACAACAAUUUGCGCA